CAAGACCCCACCUGUCAGCUCUUCCUCCUACCUCUGGCCAACCGCCAUGGCUGCCGCCUGCCGUUGCCGCCCACGAUUGCCGCCGAAUCCGCCCACCUCCUCCACUCCGCACGCCCACACCCGGCCGUGGGACUCUGCCGCCCCAUGUCCUCCUCAUUCCCCCACCUCUCCCGCAAAAUCCGGCCGCCACUUCCCCACGUCGCCGCCACCUCCAUCCAUCGGCCAUUGCCGCCCAAAUCCAACUCACCCCGGCUCCAUCUCACCCUCCCGAGCCUAUAUAAACCCUCCCCGUGCUCCCCUCGUUCGUUUUCCCCCCUCCCCCGAGCUUCCCAUCGCCUCCCUCGCUCUCCCCGCGUCGCCCCCGCGCGCCGCCGCUCGCCGGCGACCCUCCAGUCGCCCGCCACCGCCGCUAAAGCCACGGCCGCACGCCGCCGUUGGUCCCACCGGCUUCGCCGCGCUAUGCCGCACCUCGGCAUCCACUUCAUUUUCCUCCUCCACCGCCGGAACCACCUUCCCACCGCGAGGCCAAGCCACUACCGCCACUCACCGCCUCCAGCCGCCCGCUACUGCCGCCCUAGGGGCCGCCGUGCCGCGCCACCACCGUCAUCGGCAUCGCUGUGCCGAUCUCUACCCCGGCCCCUACUCUUUUUCCCCUAUCCGCCUACGAAACGCCGCCGCCACGUUCACCAUCUCUCUCCGCCACCAUUGCCGCCUCCAGCCGCGCCGCAUCGCCUCUCUGGUCCACCUCGCGCUGCGCCGUCGCCUUACCCAGCACCGCAGCCAUCGUGCGCAGCUCGGCAUCCACUCCGUCUCCCUCCUCCACCCCCGAAGCAAUGCUCCCACCGUGAACCCGAGACGCCACUGCCAUUUGCCACCUCCAGCUGCCGCUUGCCGCCGCUCCGAGCCAUCCCCGGCCGUCGCACCUUCCUCCAUCAGCUUCGCAGCGACGAGGGGAGGUCCGACGUUCGCUUCUCGUCAUCGGGAACCCACCGGAGCUCCGUCCUCCUCGCGCGCCGGUUGUCCCGCGCCUCAGCCGUCCAUUACGCACCGCCGGUCGUCGCCCAAGGCCGCCCGUGCCGUCUUCCCGAGAAGGCGUCCCCGCCGCCUGUUGCCCCUCGCCGCCAUGGCGCUCGAAUCCGUCGUUUUGGAAGAUCGUGGUCGCGAGGAAAGGAGUUCAGAAGGUUGAAGUGAAGAAGCAAGGCAAAUCACACAUUCCCCUUGAGCAUUUUGAUCCU